CACAGUUUCAAAUAGGCAAUCCUGUUUAGUGUCGCUGAAACAGCUUGCUCUAAAUUCAAGGCAAAAGUUUCUUACCUUGGAUUAAAAGCUGGGAAGCAUAAGCCAAUGUUUGUUUUGUUCACUAAUGUACGUCCAGUGCCUAGAUCUAGUUGGUGCUUCAAAAAUAUUACAGUGAAAUGGAAGCCAGUAUUCUUAGCUCUUUGGUCUUACUUUUUAGAAUAUGUCUAAUUAAAAAAAAAUCCAAAUAAGUAGUUGCAUAUUUAGAGUGAUAUUUCAAAAGAAAACUCAUAGUUGUAGUAUCUGAAUUCAUUGUGGAUUUUUGUUUUGCUGUUCUUUGUUUUUAUCUUGCCUAGACAGUUGUCCUCUCUUCCCAACCCCUUUGUGAACUAAUUUCACCAGGUGGCACAUUUCUUAUAUACAGUUAAACUUGAAAGAAUUCAAGAACUAUAGGGUAAUACCUAUGUGUGUGGUGCAUUCUGAAAAAUGUAGAGUAGGAUUUUGCUAUAGAAGAAGUAGCCCUCAGCGACUCAUUGAAGUUACCUAUAUAGAGCACACCACCACAAGAAGCAACCAUGCCUGUGGAAGGAGGGAAAACAGAUAUGGAGAGGAUUGGGCUCUUCAGUGAGAUGGGAUAUGUUACUGUUGGUGAUAAAUAUGUGCCACAAUUUAAUCGACCGUUUAAUGAAGCUGCAAGCAAAAAUAGACAGAUGCUACCUGGGGGAUCCAAAGAGAUGUCAAAUCUCCAGGCAGGUUAUUUUGAUCCCCAUUUUGUAAGGAUUUUUGAAGGUGAAGGCUACGUAAACCUGAAUCAAGUGAGGAGACGGCAUAUGAUGGAAGAAGCCAAAAAAAAUCUAGGCAAAGCGUUCCUUCCUAGUGAUGGAGAUAAGAAGCCAUGUGGAUUAGGAAGUUACUAUGGAACAAUAGGUAGACCAGUCCCAUUUUUCAGUGCACAAUCAAAACCCAAAGAAAAAUAUGAGCCACCUGGAAAGAAUUUGUACACAAACCCAGGAAAGAAAGGAACUGGAUAUGGCUAUGCAAAUGUUACCAUAGGUAAACAGUUUUCCCACUCUGCUGAUUUCUAUGAUGCAGCAAAACUAAAUGACAAGAAAGAGAAUGAAGAACACCAUCGUUUACUUAAAGGGACACCUUUCAAAUUAAAUCUUUACCCAAGGGAAUAUUUUGAUACCAAUCCUUAUUUGUUUGAGAAACCUUUACCACCAAUUAAAAAAGCAGAGAAGAAAGAAGCACUUGCACACCCUUUUAAGCCCUCUUCUCCUGGUAAAAAGGCUGGUGGAAUGAAGGCAGGAACAUUUGAUUCUUACCCUUCACAUUCUGCUGACCCUUACGGGGUUAAAUUGACAAGCCAUAUUUCCAGCAAAGGUGCUAAGGUUUUCCAUCCACCAGGUGGACCAAAAAGCAGACCAACUGAAAGUAUAAUGACUUUGAAUGUCAAAAGGGCACUAAAUAUGAAGAACUACAAGACUGCUUCAGUACAGUCCUAUUAGCAUCUGGAAGACAAGUAGCCUUAUAAGUCCUGACUACCAAAAAUUCAUUAUCAAGUGCUCAUUACUUGAAAAAAUAUAAGAUAUUGUGGAACAAAUAGCUCAAGCAUUUAAAAGAAAUUUAGGGCUGUGACUCUAAUACUCUUCCAUCUUUUAGUACUAUUACAUAAUAAAUAGUAUUUGUUAAUAAUUUAACAUGUGCUUGCUGAUCUGUGUUUAGAUCUGUGUUUCUGAGGAGAUGUUUAGGAAUGUUUAGAAAUGUUAUAAAAUCUUGAAGUGUAGUCUGUCAUUUGAAAUAUUUUGCUCCUAACGUUAAAAAAUUGCAGGGUUGGAGGGUAGGGGUGGAAAUGGGGGCUGGAGGGGUAGAACAUGCACAGUGAAUUCUUAAUUUGCUGUUCCUUCUUGGAGGUAUUUGAAGGUUGAGUUGAUAGUUAUCCUAGUGUCAUAGCCCGUUAAAGCAUUCUUAACAUCAAAGAGAAGUAUUGAUCCAGUCAUAUUGCAUAGAUUCAUGUAUACACACAUUAUAUAGUGAGGCAGAUAGCUCAAUUUAUGUGGUAUCGUGCCUUCUAUUUGUGGCCUAUGUAGAGCAUCAGAUCAGCCAAUGGCAGCCUCAGGAUGAGCAGGGGGAAGGGAGAGUGGGGAUGUACUUUAAGUUCAGUGUCUUACAAGAAAUGGCCAGGUUUCAAAAGAUAGGUGCAGUUGGUCUGUGGUGUCCUCUCACGCUCCUCGGUAGCUGCUUAGAGCUGCCUCUCUCGUACCUGCUUCUCUAGGUCUUACCCUCUCCUUUCUCUUCACUCAUCCUACCACUUAAAAAAUAUUUGUUCUUAAAAGAUAUGAUUUAAAUACAUUACUGUAAUUCAUAGGUC